AUGACAGCGUUCCUUUUUCACUGUGCAGUGCUGAAGGAGUACAUCUUGGAAGACCUUCGCUCGCACGUCGACAUCGCUCUGGCCUGGCUGUACGAGGAGUAUGCGCAGUUGCAGGGGUUCCUGCAGGGGGGCACUGUGAAUCCCAUGGAAAAGAAUACCAGCAGUGACUCAUAUGUCCACUGCCUAACGAGCCUGCUCAUGGAUAUCCUGCAGAAGUGUGAGACACGAGACCGGGAUGCGUUGUUCAGCCGCUUCUUUCUGGAGAUACCAUCCAUCACAUCAGAAGCACUCAUAAUUCUGAAGCAGUACUGCCAAAAUGAGUCCACAGUGACCAAUGGGCUGUCGAUCCUGAGAUCACUGGUGGACUACCGGCCUCCAGGACAGAUUGAGUACCUGCAGAAACUGCUUGAGCUGACCGUCUCUCAGAAUCAAGAAGUGCGGCUACAGGCAGCCAAGCAUGCCAAGCAGCUUCACGAACGGGGCAAUUUUAGGCCAAUCAUUGAGGACUUUGCGUUGAUGUACCUGAGGUAUCUUCUGGAAUCUUCACCUCCACAGCACUUGUUCCACGGCUGUCCGAUUUGGACAGAAGACAACACCAAGAUCUGCAUGCAGCUGUACAUAAACCUUCUGCCUGUCAAUCACAAGCUGAUUCACGACCUUGCUGUUGUGUAUGUGGGUGCCAUUGCCGAAAUCAAGAGGACCAUUCUGCGUGGCCUUGAAGGACCUGUCAAAGGCAUGGGAAUGUCCUCCCCGGAGCUGCUGCUGCUGGUGGAAAACUGCCCAAAAGGGGCGGAGACACUUGUCACUCGCAUCAUCCACAUUCUCACCGACAAAACUCCACCAUCAUCAGAAUUAGUGGCCAGGGUCAGAGACCUUUACCACAAGCGUGUGUCUGACGUGCGGUUCUUGAUACCAGUGCUGAAUGGCCUUUCAAAGAAAGAAGUGAUAGCCGCACUCCCCAAGCUCAUCAAGCUGAAUCCCAUUGUUGUAAAAGAAGUUUUUAAUCGCCUACUUGGUAGCCAUGUUGAAUCAACAGCAACCUUCACAAGCCCAGUGUCCCCUGCCGAACUUCUGGUGGCCCUGCAUAACAUCGAUCCUUCCAAGUGUGAUGUCAAAACAGUCAUCAAAGCGACAUCCCUAUGCUUUGCGGAGAAGCACAUCUACACGCAAGAGGUUCUGGCAGUGGUCAUGCAGCAGCUGAUGGAGCAGAGUCCCCUGCCAACUUUGCUUAUGCGCACUGUCAUCCAGUCUCUCAGCUUGUACCCAAGGCUGUUGGGCUUCAUCAUGAACAUCUUGCAACGACUGAUCAUCAAGCAGGUGUGGAAGCAGAAGAAAGUAUGGGAGGGCUUCAUCAAGUGCUGCCAACGGACCAAGCCACAGUCACUGCAGGUGCUUCUGCAGCUGCCCGCCGAGCAGCUGCGAAACGUGUUCCAGGUCAGCCCCGACCUCCAGCAGCCGCUGGUGCAGCACGUCAGUGCCUUCACCGACCACCAGAGAGCACACAUACCGGAGUCUAUUUUAGAGGUGCUCAACCUAAGCAGGCCUAAGGCAGAAAGUGAGAAGUCAAAGUCAGCUGAAAAAGAUAAAGAAUCUAGCAAGUCUAUUGCCCUAAAGAUGAAAAGGGACUCAUCUCGAGAAUCGAGAGAUUCUAGGGAGAACCAGAGAUUCAAGGGAUUACGGCAGCGGCCGCUCUGAAAGAGACAGUUGGCGACCUUCAAGCAACACCAAGAUCAGACUAGCAACAUCAGAAGAUGGAGGGGUAUCCCAAGAACUUGACUCGUAAAUCCGGAGAUCACAUGCGUGGUAGUUGUGACUGUGAAAUAGUCAAGAAUAAAUAUGUUGGUGUACCAAUGCAAGUUACAACGCGACAAGUAGCCACAAUGUCUAA